AUGAUGUGCAACAUGGCCGCCUUUAAACAACAUCUGGUCUUUGGGUUCUGGAAAGCAUCGAUCAUGCAUGAUCCGGAAGGGCUGUUUGAUGAAAAGGUAAAUACCGCGAUGGGUUCCAUGGGGCGCAUUACCUCGCUUAAAGACCUGCCACCGGAUAAGAUACUCAAGGCUUAUAUCAGGGAGGCCAUGCGGCUGAAUGAUGAAGGCAUAAAGUUACCGGUGGCCAAUCUGCGAAAGGGAAAACAAGCCCCGGAACCGGAAACUCCUGCUGACCUCGCGGCGCUGCUGGAUGAGCAUCCGCAGGCAACAACAAAGUGGCAGUCAUUUGCCCCUUCACACCGGCGCGAGUACAUUGAAUGGAUCGUGUCGGCAAAAACAGCACCCACCCGUGAAAAGCGGCUGGCGACUACGAUUGAAUGGCUGAUCGAAGGAAAGUCUAAGAACUGGAAAUACAAAUAA